CAUCAUGUGCUCUGUUUGUCUUGCCCACUUUUUGACAUCAAUAUAAAAACUACUCCAUCUUUCAAUAAAGAUCGACCAUAAAAAAAUGAGUUACAACAUUCAAUACGCACAAAUUUUUUACCCGGGUGGUCCUAGACCCCCUCCACUCCCUCCGCCGCAGCAGGAGCAACAACAGCAACUAUGGCCGGUAGAUACCACCGGCCAUCGUCGGCGACGAAGAGGAGGGCGACGACAAAGAAGACGACAGCGUACAUCUUGGUUCACCUUUGGUUCACGGCCGUCCUCCAAUGUGUCGGUGAUUCCCGUGCGUUCUUCAGUUCCUACGGCCUCUUCGGUUCCUGCGGCCGUUUCCCUUCCAGACCCCACGCGGCCUGUUCGCUUUUCGGUACCUUCAAUUGCCGGCCUGCAGAUCGACUCUGUGCCUGCGGCCGAUUUUGUCCACAAGCAUGCCAAGCAAGAAACACUUUUCACGCUCUGGGUGGACUCAUCCGAGAACCCUACCACUCAAGCCAACGACAAAAUUGGACAUUUGUGGUACAACAAAUGUUCCAAGGAAACCUGCUCCUCUGAUCGCUACAAGGCUGAUCCCCAAUCAACCUCCACCACUGAUCCCCACAAGCCUGAUCCCUCUGAAUGAGUUAUCAGAAUAAAAGAAUAAACUGGAUUGCAGCACAUUCA